AUGCAACAGGUUUUCAAAAAAUGGUGCCAAAUUAUCAUAAAGGUGGAAAAUGUGGAACUGGCUACUACAGGAGAGGUCACAUACAUUGAGACCCAAAUAAAAGGGGUCAUAGGUCGAUCUGUGGUGUUGGAAUGUGGCCAGUCCCUGCCCACCAUUUACAUCUGGGGCUUCACGAGACCCGGGUCCAGUGGUAUUCGAGCGGUGCUGUACGAUUACGGGAUGGGUGCCAAACUGCAAAGAAUGGCUUCCAUGUUCGGUGAGGUGAAAGUUCUCUCCGACAGUGCGUCAUUGGUCAUAGACAAUCUUCAGCUGGCAGCUGAGGGCCGCUUCACAUGUCAGAGCUUAUACGACACCAACGAUGGAGCAAAACUCGUGUACGUCUUUGUGGAUUUGUACGUUCUUGUUCCAAUUACCAACCCAUCCAUUCAGAUGAGCACCUCGGCACCUGUUGAAGGGUCCACAGUUUCAAUAGUGUGCUCUGUAGAGAAUGGGACCGGGCCCUUGGAGUACAUCUGGAACAGGCAGGAAACUCCGUCCAGGAGCCCUGUCAACAUCUCCGAGACAACCAGCAGCCAGCUCAACCUCACCUCAGUAAACAGGAACCACACUGGCUGGUACACCUGCACCGCUAGGAACGAAGUGAAUGAAGUCACCAGCAACCGGGUCUGGCUCGACGUGAUCUAUGGUCCCGACCAACCAGCCAUCAACAUAACUCCCUACUCUCUCAACUCAGUGGGUUACUCAGCCAUUGAACAGGACACCAUCUCUAUGACCUGUUCAGCCUCUUCCAAUCCACCCAGCCAGUACAUCUGGUUUCACAACAACUCUCAGAUCUACGCCGGGCAGCAGUUCAUCAUUGAGAGAAUUUCCCGAAGUCAGACAGGAACUUACAUGUGCCUUGCUCACAACACAGUCCUCAACACCAGAACUAAGACUACCAUCGUGCUCACUGUCUACUUGUUGCCUGAAGGGAGACCCAAAUGUUCAGCGACUGGAGUGAAAAACUUAGCAUACACUAUGCUGUCAUGUAGUUGGGAAGGAGGCCUACCACAGGCUUCACUGCAGUGGAAAGACUGGAGAAGCAGCUUCUUGGGAAAGGCUGAGCGGUCCAUCAACAACCAAGUGCUAACUUCGAGUCCAGUGUACGAUGGCAAGGAAUUCACCUGCCAAGCAACGCAUCCUUUGACCAGGAGUAGGUCCUGCAACAUCCAACUAGAGGCCCCCGAACUGCUCACCCCAAGGAAUAUUGUAACUGUUUUCGAGGGGAGUGAUGUCCACCUGACCUGUGUUCUUCGAGCUGCCUACCCCUCCUCCGAGAUCACUUGGCACAACAACAGGAAUGAAAGCAUUUGGCUAAAACCUAAGAAGUAUCUGCUUCAUCGGGAGGCCUUCUGGUCAAAUCUAACUGUUCGAGAAAUAGAUGGAGACAAUGAUAAUGGAUCGUAUUGGUGCACAGCGAGCAAUGUGGUGGGGAGUUCGACCACUGGCAUCAACCUCCACGUGAAGAAGUAUCCUACUCCGCCAAAUGUCACCAUCAGCAAGCUACUGUACAACCGCCAGCGCACUGAAGUGGUUCUGGAGUGGAUAACCCGAGGCUCUGGAGACUUAACGGGUUUUAUGGUGCAGAGGAGACCAGCAAGACGCUCCUUCGCUGGUUGGGGUGAAACUUUGAGAAGGAACUUUGAGGAGCCUGUCACCGACACUCACAUUCCCUGGCAGGUUGUUGCCAAUGCCAUUGACCCUGCAGUCAGAGGUCACAAACUGGGGGGACUGGACCCCACGGUUUUAUAUGCUUUCCGCAUUUUGGCUGUCAAUCACAAGACAACAGGGUAUCCUUCAGAAGUGAAAACUCCAGCUGUCAGGCUUGUUCCUGGGUAUUUUUCAGCUGACCCACCUUUCAGUGCUUUGCCGGCUGUGAUCGGAGCUGCUGUGGUUGGAAUGCUGGUUGCUGUUGCUGGAACAGUUUUGGUGUUUCAAUAUGUUAUGAGGAACCGUGAAAACUUUCCAUGUAAGUAAUUUUCAUCCCACUUGGACAUUAAUUACUUUCAACUUUGAUGCUUCCCAGAUGCAGAAACCAAUAAAAAGCCUUGAUGUAUUGAUGAGUGUGGGAAUUUGCAAACAGUGGUGCAGCCAAUUGAACUGUUGCUUUGCACACCAGAGACUUGGUUUGAUCCUGACCUCAGGUCCUGUUUGUGUGUGGAGUUUGUAUGUUCUCCCUAUGCCUGGGUUUCCUGUGGAUGCUGUGGUUUCUUCCCACAUCCCAAAGAUGUGCGGGCUGGCAGAUUAAUUGGUCAGUGUAAAAUGAUCUUGGUGUGAGGGUGAGUGGUAGUAUCUAGGGAGGUGGGGAAGGGGGAAAGUUGAUGGGAUUGUGGGGAGAAUAAAAGAAACACGAUUCAAGAAGAAACGGGUGCUUAAUGGUUCGUGUCGACACAAUGGGCUGAAAGGCCUGUCUUUGCUGUGAUUUUAUCAUCUACCCCUUUCUUUUAAUGAGUGGAGUUAUAAUUAAGCAUUUCUUGCCCAUGCAUUGCAGAUCCUUAACCCUUCUCUGUAGGUAUGAGAUCUGAGCCAAGGCAAAGAAAUAAAUGCCAGGCAAAUAAAUUUUUUGGGAAAUUUCCCUCUGAGGUUUUCGGAAGAUUGGAGCAUCCAAGAGACUGCAUGUAGCAAGUAGGAACCUUCCUGUAUUUUAUGCAGUCUUUGCUUUCAUCAGGAACAGGCUCCCUCUCAAGGGCGAGCAGUGUAUCAGCAGAUGCAAUGGUUUCUGUAGGCUCACUCACUGUUCUCUGAGGACCAUUAACCAUUCACACUUCUAUGAUGUUAAGAAGUGGCACACAGUAGUCCAAGCUUCACAUCAUAUUGUCUUCGGCUUGAUAUUUCCUCAGUGCUCACAAGGCUAUCAAAACUUUCUUUUUCUUAUAAAAUCUUCCUGUCCAGCUUAGCCAUUAACCCAUCCCAUUCACGGAUUUGCAUCCACAUCCCUCUCAUACUUCAUUCUGAUUGCUCUCUCUCAAACAUGAAUCUGGUUAGCUACCAUUGGUAUUAUUGUAAUCUGCUCCAUGAGACCAACAGUAUUUUCAGUCUCUUGAAAAGACUUGUGACAUAUGAGGCAAUUCUAUGCACAAGGAGAUGCCAUAAACAGAUUUCUAUCCUCGUAAUUGAUAAAUAGAAAAUGGGGCUGAUUCAUUAUCAAAUAAUUCCAGGCCCCAGAUAGGUGAGAUGUAGAACACUCUACCCUCUUCACCCUCCCAUGAAAUACCUUUGAGGAAAGUAUGGGAUAGAUACGCAGUCAAACUUCUAUUACAGUUCUUUGCAGCUCUUCCUAGGCAGAUAGAGCGCGGGUUGAUGACUAUUCUCAAACCAGAUAGUCCCAGGCAGAACACACAGAUAAUGAGAUCAGUGAGAAGGUGAGAGAAGAAUCUGGAAAUGAUGGUGUUCUCAUGUAGCUUGCAGCUUGAUGUUCUCAGGUUGGAUCAGGAAGUUACAGUCAUAAAUAAGCACUCAUGCAAAAGCUCUUAUUAAUUUAAAUGAUGGGUCUAACAGAGUCUGUAAUCUUGAGCAUUAAUAUCAAGAAGCAGCUGUCCUAUUUCCUGCCAUCAUGUCCUGAACAAGUGAGGAAUGAUAUAUUUGCAAAUGUUAAGUGCAUUGAAUUCAAAUGAGAAAGUCUGCUCUGAGGUUGAAGGACAAUGGGUGACGAUGAUCAUCAUCAGAAGCCUGGGUGGAAGGUAUGAAGAUCCUGAGAUGCCCAGUCGUCAAGAUCCCCCUCUCAGCCUCACCGGUGUAGUCCAAAGGAAAGCUUAUGAAGCAAUAUGUCUGACACUAGCUUGCUGCAGGAGCUGCCGGAAGGAUGUUCGCUGAUGUCCAGCUGCCUUAGCGGCUCCACUCCGGAUUUGCUGUCUUGGCUUACUCCCAUUGCCUUCAUCUCUCCCAAGGCUGUCCACAAGGCAGUGGAGAUAUUUACCCAUAGCUGGGGAUCUGGUUCACGAGCACCAGGGUGUGUCCACAAACCGGUGGGCCUGUGUGCUACGUGUGCGGGGGCCAGACCUCCUCCCCGUCCUCUAUAGUUCAGCCUGAGUCCGAAGGGGGUUCAAUUUCCACAUGUCACCAGUGAGGAGGCACUACGUGAGGCUUGCUGUUGGAGAUGCUAUGGACUGGCAAGGAGAGACUUACACAUUCAUUUCUCCUUUUUGUAAGACUGCUAGCCAGUGGAGGAAACUGAAAGUGAGAGCGACAAGCAUGGCCCAGUACAUUACCACACUAGAUGCAUCUCAACAACCAUUUUGACAGCAUAGUGUUCCUUAAAUAAUUGAUGGAUAAUUAUGAAACAUUGAUAUAUUUUAAUGGUUGACUAUCUCUUGUUCUCAGGGUUACAUGAUCUGCUGUUUCAACAGUAAGUAUUGCAUAAUCUUAACAAAUACCUUGGAGAACCUGAUUGUGUCUUCUCCCAAGUUUGUUUCACAAUAAAGUGCUCUCUCUGCUAUUCUGAAAAGUCAACUUUCUGAGUGUUACUCAAAGCUUAUUUUGUAGCCUGGGGAGAGUACGCACUCAGGAUCACAAAUA